AUGACUAUCAUGACUAAAUUAUUCCUCGAUCUUAAAAAACUAGUUUCUAAUGACCACAACAUCAUCUACGAGGACAUCGAAAAGCAGUCUUCACCUUGUUCUCGAUUGACAGACGGCGCGAUCAAGGUCUCGGUUAUUUUCACUGCAUCCGAGCUCGUUUUGCAGGUUCGACCAUGGGCCAUUGGAUACUUCGAUCUCGGACGGUGCAACACGCUUCUGCUGCAAAACAUCAAGUUUCACAGUUCGGGCGUGAACCAAACGCCGUCAAAGCAAAGCGACUUUAAAUUUUGGCUCAUCGUUGAUUCCGCAUCCUGUAGAACAAUGUUGUUAAAGUGGUGGCAGUUCUACUGCGCCUUGUUGCAUAUAUCCGUAUUGGCAUCGGAUAGAAAGACCGUUCUUGAUACGCCCUUUAACAUCAUGCUCCACCGUGCCAUUCGAGAAUGGACUUUCAAUGCUUUCGGUAAGACAGGAAUGGAAGAAAGGUAUCUGCAAGCAGUAAGAAACGCAAAUAAAACGCAAGAAAUUAUUCCCGACAAUGUUCCGUUCCCUUGUAAUGUGACAGGUGGUCGAUCGUCAAAAGUGCCAAAGUCGGUGCAUAAACUAAGACCGGGUGAUAUCGAUGUCAUUGCCGCGAUGGGCGAUUCUCUUGCGACUGGAGCUGGAAUCUUUGCAGGCAGUCUGCUCCAGAUUGCCAUAGAAAAUAGAGGAGUUACUGCGGCUGGCGGAGGCCAAGGCACGUGGAGACAAUAUCUAACUCUUCCCAAUAUCAUUAAAGAAUUCAACCCCAAUUUGAUAGGAUAUGCAUUGGGAGAUUCUUUGACGAUUCACCAGGCAUCGCAAUUGAAUGUUGCCGAAGGCGGAGCUAUGUCCGCGGAUAUGGUUUACAUGGCGAAUGUGUUAAUCAAGAAAAUUAAAAAUGAUCCAAGGAUAGAUCUGCAGAAACAUUGGAAGUUCAUCUCGCUGAUGAUCGGAUGCAAUGACUUUUGCAGUGAAAUGUGUUGGAUUCCAUCGCCUUGGUCAGUUCUUGAAACACAUAAAACUGAUCUACUCCAAGCUUUGCGGACGUUAAGAGAUAAUUUGCCGCGAACCUUCGUGGCAUUGCUUCCGCCACCACAUUUAAAGGCUAUUGUUGAGACACGUGAACGAAGACCAUCGCUUAAUUGUUUCCUCGCACCGAAAGUCCUGUGUUCUUGCAUGUUUGGUCUCACAUUUCAGCGUUUUAGAUCUAUGUAUUACGACAUUAUGCGACAGUGGCAGAAGCUAGAUAUGGAAAUCGCAACUUAUCCAGAAUUCCAAAAAGAUGACUUUACAGUUGUAGCUCAACCUGUCCUGGUGAAUUUCAGUAUUCCAUUUGCUUCAGAUGGGUAUACCGAUAUGACAUAUUUAAGUAGCGAUUGUCUUCACGUUAGUCAAAAGACCAACGCUCUUUUUGCAAACAGUUUAUGGAACAAUUUAUUGGAACCGGUAGGUGCUAAAUCAACGAAAUGGAGCAAUAAUAAAUUUCAUUGCCCGACGUCGGAGAGGCUUUAUCUGACUACAAAGUUAAAUUCGAAGCAGCAAAGUGUUACUGAAACUGCCGCUGCAAUUCGAACGAGAAAUGUUGGCACUUAA